AUGUUGGAUGGUUGUGAUUCACUUGCCACUCCAAGUCUAGUGAUCGCAACAACCUAUAUCCACUCGGACGAAGAAAUGGCAGACGUAGAUGUAGAACAAUCAUCCUCAUCAUCAGCACCAAAGGAAAAGGGUGGAAAGAAAAAGUUUGAAGUAAAGAGAUGGAAUGCUGUCGCCCUCUGGAUUUGGGAUAUUGUUGUAGAUAAUUGUGCUAUUUGCCGUAACCAUAUUAUGGAUUUGUGUAUCGAAUGUCAAGCAAAUCAAGCAUCAAAUACUUCUGAAGAAUGUACAGUAGCAUGGGGAAUUUGUAAUCAUGCUUUCCAUUUCCAUUGCAUUUCACGUUGGUUAAAGACCAGACAGGUUUGUCCUUUAGACAACAGAGAUUGGGAGUUCUUAAAAUACGUAGUGGUCGAUGGCCAUAGAAGAGAGAUCAAAAUUAUUUUGAAUUUAUUACUAAUAUUCGAUUAUUUCUUAAAAUUAUUUAGGGUUAAAUUUGUCAAUGGUACUUUGGAACUGAAUAUAAAUAAAUAUCUAAUAUACACUAUAACCAGUUUUGAAUAUACAUUUCAACAUGUCUUUGUUGAAGAAUCAAAGACACUUUCAGUGAUGUGUCGUCAAGUUUGCUUAAAGAUGAUAGGACCUAUCGAUACUGAAUCUAGAUACUUGUCACCAGAGUUUAGAGUAACAUCUACUAGAUUCAACCUAUUAUCAUUUAAAGAUAUAUUGUUGAAUAGUAUAUCAGAUCAAUAUGUAGUUGUCGAUGACAAAGACGAUGACAAAGACGAUGACAAAGACUAUUAUACAGAUUGGAUACAAGAUAGUAUCAACAAAGCAGAUAAAAGUAAAAUGACAACUGCUUUGAUGGUUGGAUACGAAUCACUAAACUCAAUCUACCAAAUACCAUCAAUUGAGACACUAUUCAUUCAUCACCUAGAUAAAGGUAGUGUAGAUCUUGGUUCCAUCUCACUACUGCCCAAUCUCCAAAGACUUGCAAUUUGUGUACAUAAUUUCAAGAAUCUUGGUCUCCAUACAAAUCUAAAGUCACUUAGACUAGGUGCGAUAAAUAUCAACCUAGUCGACUUGGGUCUCUUAAAAUUCGUAUCGCUGACAGAACUGUCUUUGAACCUAGUGACAGAUAUCAGAGCAGGUCUCUUGCCAAGUAGUCUCACAUCACUCUCUCUGAAAACAUCAGACAUUCCUCCAAGAGACACAUUCCUUUCAUUAAAGUCGCUAGUGACCCUCAAGAUUAGAUUCAAAGAUGAUAUAAUUUUAGCUACAAGGCCACCGGCUGUCUCAUUAUUCAUCGACCUCUUGACACUAUGUAACCUCAAAACCCUAAUAAUCGACCCAACACCCUACUUUAUCGAGGUGAGUGUCCCACCCUCUCUCAAGAUAUUAAGCUUUUGGUCGUCAUGCGUACAAAUCCCAUCCCAAUGUCCUCUACCUCGUUUGGAGAAAUUGGAGAUUCGCGAAAUGAAAAAAGGAUUGAUCAAUAAUAAUAAUCUAGUAUCACAAUGUCCAUCUCUCAAGAAACUAGUUAUUAUUGGAUGCAACAAACCCAUUCCAUCCAAUAUGGUACCAUCGACUGUAGAAAAGCUUACAAUCUAUAAAGAUCAUUAUGCCAAAAAUAAUAUAUUCAGUAAAGUUGUAUUCCCACCAUCCCUCACUCAUCUAACCAUCAAUGGGCACCACUAUGAACCUAUUCAACUCCCUCUGUCACUCGUUAAACUAAAACAAAUAGUUGAUGAACCAGCACCAUCACCACUUCCGAGUCAAUUGAAAAAACUAGUUUGGAAAGUAAAUUGGAUAACCAAUAUUUCAAAUCAAUUGUUUCCAUUAUCUUAUCCACCCAAUCUAAAAACAUUCAACUUGAUAGAUAUAAAAUGUGACUAUAAACUCGAGACUAUACCACCAAUCACCAAAUAUCUAUCAAUAACAUUAACCCCAGACCCCAACCAUUUCCAAUCCACUGUUAUCUUUUCAAUCAGCUCUAGAUUAAAAAAUAAUAUCAUCUCUCAACAGUUGUGGUUACCAUUCACUACAACUCAUCUAACUUGUAAUCUUUGGUUCUUUGGGUAUAAUAAUAAUAGCCAAAUAUUCUUUAGAUUAGACGAAAUAAUCAAUCAUACCAAUGUUAGAUAUCUAACUCUUGUUAAGCAUCCUGAAACCUUUCAAUUAUCAAUUCAAAGAUUAGACACAAAAAAUAGAUGUGUAUUAGUAUUGGAAACACAGACUCUUAGUGGUGGAAUAAUCACUCAACAACCAAAGAGAAAAUCAAAUAAUAAUAAUAAUAAUAAUAAUAAUAAUAAUAAUAAUCAACAAUUUAAUCAAAUUCAUUUAGAUAUAGGUAGAACCAACUCUAAUAGAUUUAAAUUGGAUUGGAGAAUUGAUAAUAAUAUAGUCGACAGUAUUGUUAAUCAAUAA